AUGCAAGAGGCUAUAGGGGACCACCAGCCUCUCAGUCUUACUGAUUCCCAAGGGAAUUUGAUACUUGACUCGGAGGGAACCAGAGGUUCUCUGUAUUGGAAGCAAAAUGCCCGCCAGAUUUUUGCCGUAAAGGAGUGUGAUUACCAAGAACUAGAGAGGAGGAAGCGAAGGAGGAGGAGUCGAAAAGACGAUGAUGGUGAAGCUCUUGGUGAAGUUGCAGAGAAGUUGGAAGAGCGCACAAAAAGGGAUGUUGAUUCCUUCGCAAUUGCAGACCGUAAAGGAAGGUUUUUCCUGUGUGAUAUGCAUGAGUAA